CAAGAACAUUAGGUUAAAUAAGUUGACAGUAACAUCCCCUGUUGUAGAUAUAUCCUUCACAGGCUUUAGAAAACAGCAUUGACCUUUGGGCUGUAAAUUGUGAUCAGAGAAAUUAUCCAUCAGAAGUGCUCGCCUCCGAAAACCAGCAGAUCAUCAUCGAACAGCUUGUCCAAGCAUCAGACGGUAUCUUUGGAUCUCCUGGACACUCCACAUCUCGAAGGUGGUUGAUAGGUGCAGAAAAUGGCGAAACGACUCCUGCAGAUCCUUGCCUUGUGGACUUUUGUGAUCGGCAUUGUGCAGUGCUGUCCAGAGCUGUGCCGCUGCUACGAUAGAAAUGGCAAGCACUUGGCAGCCUGUUCUUUCAACGGCCCACUCAAAGACCUGCAGGAGGUACCUGUUGGUCUCCCCUCCAAUGUCUCCUCUGUGUUCCUUUCGUCUAACAAGAUCAAAUUUCUGAAAAGUAAAAGCUUCAUCAACAUCACGCAGGUCACUGCUCUCUAUCUGGCUCACAACAGGAUCGUCACGAUAGAAAGAGGCACGCUGGCACACCUGACUCAGCUUGUCACCCUGGACAUUAGUUACAAUAAAAUUGUAAACUUUCCAUGGGAGGAUCUGGUCAACCUCACAGCUCUUCAUAGAUUAAGAAUGAACAACAAUGAGAUGGUGAACCUUCCAAUGGAUGCCUUUUCCACACUCGAAGACCUGGAGUUCCUGAGCAUCAACAACAACAAAUUCACCACCAUUGUGCAGGGUACCUUCAGUGCUCUCUCCUCUUUGUCCCAUCUUCAGAUUUUUAACAACCCUUUUGCCUGCUCCUGCAGUCUGGAGUGGCUCAGGGAUUGGGUUGCUACAACAAAUGUUUCCGUCCCUGAGUUGACCUCAAUUGUGUGUGACACUCCUGAAAACCUCAAAGGUAUGAUGGUCACAAAUGUUCCGAAACUGGACUGCGAGGCUCCUGCUGUCACUGUAACAUCUCAGCCAAACAUUGAGGAAUCCGAUCUCUAUGAAGGUGUCAUGGUCAUCUUAAACUGUGUGACAAAGGGAAGCCCCACGCCACAGGUCAGCUGGGAGGUGACUGUUGGAAAUCAAAAUUAUAUGUUUCCUUUGCCCUCCACUGGAGAAAUGAAUGAUAAGCCCAUUAAUGAUAAGACAACCAGGAACAGAUUCCUUGUUUUCAGAAACGGCUCUCUCAUUAUUCCUCGUUUGAGUGAAAAGGAGAAUGGUAAUUACAGCUGCACUGCAGUCAAUGACUUAGGCAAGGCAGAGGGAGGCGUUAAAGUGGUCCUGACUGUUUCACCAGAAACCUCAUCCUCAACACCUGGCUUCAGUCCACCUGCAGAAUCCAUCACUUUGGCUUUAUUGACAAUUUUAUUUUUUUCUGGAAUCAUCCAUCUCUCUUUGGGAGAUAUGGAGUCCACCUGGAUCAAGAAGUCAAAAAUUCAAAAACCACAGUUCUCUGAAGCAAUGUUCACAAAAGUCACUGAGGAACUGCAGCACAAGAAGAAAGUCUACAAAAACAGAGAAGCUACAGGAAGAGACAGAAUGCUGAAGGUUGCACCGGGUUACGACAACACUCAGGCACAGUCUAACAACCUGCGCAGCUUGCAACCCCGACUCCCUUCUGUUUCCCAGGCCUGGCUGCCCACCCAUCCCUGCUCUGACCACUACGUCAGCUCCGAUCCUGAAACCCGUGCUCUCGGAAAGCAGCCUUGUUUCUGCAGCCUGGUGCAGAAAAUGGCGAAACGACUCCUGAAGAUCCUUGCCUUGUGGACUUUUGUCAUCGGCAUUGUGCAGUGCUGUCCAGAGCUGUGCCACUGCCAAAACAAAUUUGCCCGUCAAUUUGCAGACUGUGCUUACAAAGACCUGCUGGUGGUACCUGUUGGUCUCCCCUCCAAUGUCACCACUGUGAGCCUUUCGGCCAACAAGAUCAACUUUCUGAAAAGCGAAAGCUUCAUCAACAUCACGCAGGUCACCUCUCUCUGGCUGGCUCACAAUGAGAUCAUCACGAUAGAAACAGACACGCUGGCGCCCCUGAAUCAGCUUCGCAACCUGGACAUCAGUUACAAUAAGAUUGUGAACUUUCCAUGGGAGGAUCUGGCCAACCUCACAGCUCUUCAGCUUCUGAAAAUGAACAACAAUGAGAUGGUGAACCUUCCAAUGGAUGCCUUUUCCACGCUCAAAGACCUGCGGUCCCUGCGCAUCAACAACAACAAAUUCACCACCAUUGUGCAGGGUACCUUCAGUGCUCUCUCCUCUUUGUCCCAUCUUAAGAUUUUUGACAACCCUUUUGCCUGCUCCUGCAGUCUGGAGUGGCUCAGGGAUUGGAUUGCUGCAACAAAUGUUUCCGUCCCUGAGUUGACCUCAAUUGUGUGUGACACCCCUGAAAACCUGAACGGUACGAUGGUCACAAAUGUUCCUAAACUGGACUGCGAGGCUCCUGCUGUCACUGUAACAUCUCAGCCAAACAUUGAUGAAUCAGAUCUCUAUGAAGGUGUCAUGGUCAUCUUAAACUGUGUGACAAAGGGAAGCCCCAUGCCACAGGUCAGCUGGGAGGUGACUGUUGGAAAUCAAAAUUAUAUGUUUCCUUUGCCCUCCACUGGAGAAAUGAAUGAUAAGCCCAUUAAUGAUAAGACAACCAGCGACAGAUUCCUUGUUUUCAGAAACGGCUCUCUCAUUAUUCGUCGUUUGAGUGAAAAGGAGAAUGGUAAUUACAGCUGCACUGCAGUCAAUGACUUAGGAAAGGCAGAGAGCGGCGUUAAAGUGGUCCUGACUGUUUCACCAGAAACCUCAUCCUCAACACCUGGCUUCAGUCCACCUGCAGAAUCCAUCACUUUGUCUUUAUUGACUAUUUUCAUUUCUUCUGGAAUCAUCCAUCUCUCUUUGGGAGAUAUGGAGUCCACCUGGAUCAGCUAGGCAGCCGAGCCCUAGCAGCUGACAUUCAACAUGUUGUCUGGACUUCUCCUCGUGCAUGACUGUUGAUGUGUUGCGCUCCCCCUCCACACUGUAAGCUCCAACAGUUCUACUCAGUCAUAAUUAGUUAGGGUGAAACAGUCAAAAGUUUAGAUUUUUGCCAUUUUACUGGAAACUGGUUAGGAAACUGAGGUAUCACACUGCAAAAACUUCAAACCUGAGCAAGUUUUUUAAACUUGUUUUGAGUGAAAAUGUCUCGUUUUACUUGAUUGAAGAUAAAUUGACUUAAAUAUUAUAUUUGAUCAAAAUAAAAAAAAGACUUGAUUUAAGAGAAAAUUCUCUAAAAUCAAGAAAAAUUUGACUUGUUCUAUGGGCAGAUUGUUUUUCUAAUUUCAAAGUAAAAGUAUCUUAAUUGAAGAAAACAUUAAGCCUUUCUAUCUUGAUGAAAUAUAAUAUUUAAUGAGGGUUGAACAGUCAAAAGUUUAGAUUUUUGAUAUUUUACUGGAAACUGGCUAGGAAACUGAGGUGUCAGUCAGAAACCAAUAUUUUACAGGAUCCAGACAGUUUGAAGGGAGGAUCGAGGGGUGCUGACCCCUCGUUACGGAAGGACAUUACAUUCACGGACAUUUAGUGCUAUCUGGUGGGUACACCGGGACAGGUCAGAUAAGAUAAGAUAAGACUCCAUUGAUCCCACGAUGGGGAAAUUUCACUGUUACAGCAGCCCAAAGAAGAAGUACCACAGUAACAAAUAAAUAUAAAUAAACAGAAAGACAACAACACAAAGUGCAAAAAAGUUUGCCGGCAAGCAUUUCACACAUUUUGCAGGCAACACCGUGCACAUCCUUAGCACCACAAACAGGAGGAUGGGGCAUGCUCCACUGCCCAUAAAUAGGUGGAUGAGUUUGCAGACCGGAGGAGGCAAAAGCACAUCAAAAACACCACACAAGGGAAUUUAUAGAGCGGCAUUGUAGAGUCUGAAAGACGGUGGAAUAAACGACCUGCGGAAACGCUCCUUCUUACACCGAGGGUGCACCACUCUGUUGCUGCUACUCUCGAUAGUUUGAAGGAUUUUCAAAAUCCUGACGUUUUUAUAGAACAACCUCCGGUGUUGUGCACAUUCCUGCCUUCAGGUUUUUAGCAACAAACGUAAACUACAUGAGACAAUGCUUUCUGUCAGUUUUAUCAGUAACUACAAAAACCCAAAGUACGUUGUGAAAGCUCAGAUUUCUUCGCGUUAGAAUUAGUUUAAUCUGAAACAGAGCUGCUGCUGUUGUCAAUCAGUGUGUGUUUACACAGGCAACCAUUGGAAACUGCUGCAGAACGGCAUUAUUCUUUCACAACAAUAAAUGUUGGACCAUUUAAUUCAAGCAUAUCCAGAAAUUAAGAGAGAUGCGCCUAUCUCUUUCUUUUGGACUAAGUUAUGCUCUUCCUCCUGUGAAAACAGGGAUAGCUGCCUGAAAUCCCAGUGCAGCCAUGAGAACGCCAUCACGGCAAAAUAUGGUGAAAUUUCAAGAACAAUCCAGCAUCAGCAAGAUGAUCCUGGGUUCAAAUCAAGCCCGGGGCCUUUCUGUGUGGAGUUGGCAUGUUUUUCCUGUGUUUGCGUGGAUUCCCUCCUGGUACUCCAACCUUCUCCCCCGGUACAAAAACAUGCAUGUGAAGUAAAUUACCUCUAGGUGUGUGUGAUUGUCUGUCCCUAUGUGAUGCACUGGAGUCCGGUCCAGGCUGGACCCUGCCGUUGCCCACAAGCAGCCGGGACUGACUCUGGUGACCCUUAAUAAGUGAUUAAAAAAACCGAAUCAAUUUCAAUGUACACAAUGUGUUGUUACUAGGAAUGACUAUGAAGGUUGGAAAUAUCGGCAUUAAGGUUGACAGAAGUGUCUGUAGAAAAACGGACAGUGUCCUGGUAGAAAAUCACCAGAAUAUUUUCAAUUAUUUUACAGAUGUUUUUGUUACAGUGUCGAUAAUUUUGAGUGCAGUUUUCACAGACGAAAAGCUGUGUAAUAUUACUUUUUUUUGAAGAUGAUAUUCAGAUAAUUCAGUGUAAAUGUAAAUAUAAUUUGUAUUUUAUGGGAACUUAAACGUUUCCACAACAUCACUUAAAAAUACUUGUGUAAUCUGUUAUACAAACAAAUUUGAGUGCAGUGAGCUUGUCGGGGUUCACAGAGCAGAGCUUCUUGCUCUUCGCCUUCCUCCUUCAGCUUCAUCUGCUCGGUCUUCUCAAAGCACACUGUAAAAACAAAAAUUCAUCAAAAAUCUGAAACUUCAAGAUAACAUGAUGUGACACAUUAAGCUUUCUUGAUGUUUGCUUCUCAUUGACAUAGUUGAGGUUUACAAGUUCUGACAGGAGUUUUGUCAACUUGAGUCUUUUUGUUCACUUCAUUCAGAUAAUCUUGCAAGGCUGAACCAGAAAGAGUUCUGGUUCCAGUGUCAUGUGUUUCUGCAUUCACCAAAUGGAGAAAUUCUUUUAGAAUAAAUGUCUAAACCUUUUUACCUUCAGUGCUGUGCAUUUCCCAAUUGACUGAACACAGAUAUUCUUGAUGAAUAAUCAUACAAUUUUUACUCCUGUGAUGUGAAAAUUUACCUCAAUGAAUAAAAAUGUAUAUUGCUGUAAUUAUCUGAACAAUGCUCAAGAAAUAUAUAUUGAAUAAAACAAAACACAAGUGAAUGUGAUCUGAAACAAA